AUCAAGCGCGCUCAUGCCAUUGGAGGAAAUGCUGCAUUGCUACCCUGAUGUUUACUUCCUCCUCGCGCUCACUGACCUGAAAGGAAAGGAAGGCAUCGGGUACGACGGACAUCAAUCUUUCUUUUCUCCUUGGAAAUCUUAGGCGGAAGUCUGUUCGGAUAAUACUCUUCGGGAGAGUUACACCUGUAUGUGUCCCGUCCUUUCUCCGCAGGCAACACCGAUAACGUCGACAUCGCCAUUUGCACUUCUCUUGUGCCUCACAUGAUGAUUGAACCAGGCUUCCUGGAUACCACGAACUAUCCAAUUGUAUCGUAGCGGAUCUUGUCUCCUCAUCGGCAAUUCGUCGACUCCUGCGGAAAGCAUCUACAUUUGUUGUACUAUCCAGUCUCGCUGUGGGGUACAUCGAAGUCGGCGACUUAAAGAUACCAGAAGCGAACUGGCUUUUGAUAUCAUGAAGGGGCAAUUUAACUAGGGGAGCUUCUUGGCUGGGUCUGCUUGUGUCCCUCGACAGCACAUGGAGACUUGAUGGAUACGGUUGCGAGUUCUUCCGGACGUUUUCUGACGACUUCUGACGUAUAAAGCUCGACUGCUGAGUUCAUCGAGUCCGACCGACCCCCCCACUGUUGUCUUCGAUAUCAGGCAGACAAGCAGUAUGCAGUCGUUGGCUCAGGCUACAAUCACAUCUUCCGCUCGCGUUCUUCUCGGGGCUCUCACGGUCGCUCAGGCUUUGCAACCGUCUUGGGCUGCUGAAGUUGUUAGAUCUGACGCGUGUGCUUCGAUUGCUGGUCUCGCAUUUGCGCCACCUGCGGACGUGAUCGCGUGCCAGAAGUCGUUUCCUUUCAAUGAGACUUUGAGGCAGAACGUCUUGGCCAAUAUCGCUGGUGUAUUUGACUUUUACACGUUUGAGAACUACUAUCUGGACUCUCCGGCGCCUUUUGAGGAGAGUACGGAUCCUAUCAGGGAAAACAUCGCGAGGAUCAACUCCACUACGUAUGAGACCGAUUACGAUUUCAACUUCGACUUGUGGAACUUCACGAUAAAGCUCAAUGACGGUCACACCAGGUGGUAUCCUUACUGCUACACCACGUACCAGAACCUACUUCCCGCCCCCGUCGUUUCUCUCGACGUCAAUGGAACGCAAAACGUCUACAUCGUCCCCGACCUUGUCGAAUACAUCUCCCUCAUCGGCGACGGGUACACCUCCUACUAUGAUUCCAUCGGUUUUGAUUGGAAACGUCUUGCCAGUGCUAAGGUGCUCCAAAUCGGAGGCAUGGAUGCAUACGAUUACGUGGACUACAUCGCCAGCACUGUUUCUGGCAACUUCUUGGACCACGGCGUCAGAGUGAACAGCGUGUUCAGUGGGUACAGGAUCUCCAGCGACGCAUUUAGCCAGAGGAUUGGCGACCUGGCGGGACCCAGUUGGAUAUCGCAGACGGAUUUAACGUUUGUCGUGGUUCUUGCGAACUCGACAGAAGAAGAAACGGUGACCGUGCCAUAUCUUGCGGAUUUCGCGGGCACCGACUUCACGGACGCUGCCAGCUACUGGGAGAAUAACUGUGCUGCGAACGAUGAGACUAAUGGUAUCGAUUACAAGACCUCCAGUGCAACCCGCCGCCGAGGUCUUGAGAGGAAAUUGGCGAGAGGAGACAUUAAGGACUUGAGUUUGACGAACGCUGUCGCACUCCCCGAUCCCUACCUCCCAACCCUGCCGGCGCUCAAUGGAAGUUCAGGUAUCGUUUAUGGGUAUGUGUUGCCCGAUAACAAGACUGGUGCUCUCCUUGUCGGGUCAUUCUCUCCGGAUGACUUCGAUGGGUUCCAGUCACAGGUCGACUCUAUCAUUACUGCUUUCACGGCCGCCGGGGUGACCCGUCUCUUGGUCGACGUCACUAAUAAUGGCGGUGGAUAUGUCUGCUUGGGAUUCUUCCUGCACAACUAUCUCACUGGUAAUAAGAUUGGGAAUCCAGGCUUCCAGAGUUCGGCUCGCGCCAAUCCUCUCGCUCAGAAAAUCGUCGCAUCGGAUAUCGACCUCGGCUUGGAUGACACCUACACCUUCUACACUGCUGACAACUACGCGUUUUUGAACAACACGGAGAUGCCUGCAUCGUACAACUACAUGGACCCCAAUCUUUCGGAGGUCGUCAAUGGCGAGGACGACCCACAGUCCCAGAGAUUCUUUGAUACCUGCCAGUUGACUUACGUGGUCGAUAUCCCGACUUCGCCACCUUUCGCUCUAGAGAAUGUUGCCAUUGUCACCAACGGCUGGUGUGCAUCGACCUGCGCCUUGUUCACUACCGUCAUGAACGAGCGCGAGAACGUUACGAUCGGUGUCUUUGGCGGGAAGCCAGGAGAGGACGUUCAGUUCAAAGGUAUGGCUGGGAACCAAGUUCUUGAAUGGUACGACCUGGACAGUGAGAUCAAGACGGCCAAUUUGGGUAAUGACUCGUCGUCUCCUCCUGAUCUCCUUAUUGAUGGCGACAUGCGAGUAAAUUGGCGGACAGCUUGGAGCUACUUCGACGAGUCCAAGCCCAUUGCAUACGUCUCCGAGCUUCCGAAGUACCGCUGGCCAUAUACCGCCGACACCUACAACAACCCUCAGAACCUCUGGAUUUUCGCUGCCGGUCAGAUAUUCGACUGAGAUGCAGAUAUCUAGGGCUCGCACUUGAUACCCAGGGGAUGAGGACUACCUCACUUAGGAGGGUCAUGUUACACAGUCCGACACAUGGCACUGGUAGAUAUACGCGGUUAUCUAGACCAGUGAUCAGGCAUGGUGAAAGUUAUACCCCUCUGUUACCGUUAUUUAUCAGUAAUACACGUAUUUGGG